CCAAAGUUGCCUCCGGCCUUUAUGGUGCCCCAGUCCUACAUUUCACGCGUGUCUCGCUUCAUCUAACACACUUCUAACUUGUGUAUAUUUCGCUCGUAUCACAGACACGCGCAUCCAUCUAUCCGAUCUCGUUAAAUUACGAUCCAUUCCAAGAGAUCCUAUUGCUGUACUCGCGCACAACACACCAUGCCGUCUGACAUUCCUCGCUAUAUCGGAAAUUACCAUCUAGGAGAGAGUCUGGGUUCAGGAUACUCUGGGUCGAUUUUCAAGGCGAGACAAGUCCACACAGGUGAAGUAGUUGCGCUCAAGGUGCAGAAUGUGAACCACGAGUGCCCUACCAAUCGAUACGAGCGCGGGUUUUAUCCCUCACUACAAGGUGGUGUUGGAAUGCCCACAUUAUGGGGCUCCGGGGUGGAAGGCCAAUGGGACUGGCUAGCCAUCGAUCUCCUUGGCCCAAGUUUGGACAACCUGUAUCGGCGGAGUGGGAAGGAUACUAUGGACCUCAGUUCCGUAUGCACUAUUGCCGUUCAGCUCAUCGCACGGCUAGAGUUUAUGCACAGCCGGGGUAUCCUGCACAGAGACAUCCAGUUAGGGAAUUGCGUAAUUGGAUUGCCUCCGUACGAUCAUAUCAUCUAUAUGAUCGAUUUUGGCUUCUCAAAACGAUACAUCGACCAACACACGAACCGGCACAUUCCCGACAGUCGUGCAAAACGGGACUUCAUCGGGAAUUAUUGGUUCAGUUCGGUUGGCGUGCACUGCCGUGGUCGAGUCCCUUCGCGCCGUGACGAUCUCGAAGCGGCAGCGCUGAUGCUCAUCCACUUGCUCACCCCACGGGGGCUUCCCUGGACGCGUAACGGCGUGCCGAAGACGGACGAGGCGCACGAGCGGCUGAAGAAGGAGAAGAAAGCAGCGCGGCCAGAAGACCUUUGUGCUGGACUGCCGGAAGAGUUCGAAGAGUUUCUAUUCUACUGCCGACGACUUCACUUCCAAGAGUGUCCGGACUACGACAAUUGGAAGGAGCGAUUUCGGGAACUGGCUCAAACUGAGGGUUUCCCUGAGAGUGAUGACUUCAUCUGGCCACCCGUCGUCCAGCCUAAGCCAUUCUCGAAGGCGACAGCUCGUCGAAGCAUGGCGCCCGACCCACAGGACGUGGAACGAAUUCUGCACGACCUCGUUAAAAUGAACAUGGACGAUGCGACCAGGGCAGGAUCAUCCCAGUCCAUGGAGGUGAUCGACAUUACUAGUGACUCCGAGCACGAGAUUCAGACUAUUCCACCCCCUCACCUAACACCCAAGGCCCACAAACUCAACAAGAUCACGAGAAAACUUGCAAAUGCGGUUGACAACGCGACUCUGUCGGGCCUGGUACUUGAGUUCAUCACUAUUCUACAAUCAAAUAGCUCUCGUACCCUCACAAGAGAAGCAUCAAGUUUUCUGGACGCUCUCUACAAACAGCUUGCCGAUCCUUCCGUGUUUGAAGCACGCGCUCCUUUACGGACUUCGCGGCAGUCCUCUAACAAGAGCUCGCAGACGGAAAAGGAACCAGCGCAUGUAAAACUGGGUGUUGUCGCACGACUGAAGCGCGAAGUUGGGAGUGCACCUAAUAACAAAACGCUUGCGGCUAUGAUACAAGAUUUUGGUCAAGUCACGAACAACAGCGCUGGGCGAACGAUCAGCAAGGAUGGGUUUGCAUUCCUUGAGGGGCUUGCGGGAAGGUUGAAGGAUUUGAAAUAGAUGGACUUGGCAUGUAAAGUAAAUGACCGUGAGCCAGCCAGUGCUCGGUCGGAGGUCGCUGUAAAGACAGAUCCGAGUGUACAAUUUGCCUCCGGCAGCGAGUGAUGGACCAAUCAGGAUGGAGAUCAAGCGAGGCUAGAACGCAUCCUCAUAUGCACCCUCAUCUCGAGCGCCCACGCACUGCCCACACACUCUUGAGGCCCUUCCAUGGACUGUCUAGACCACAAGGGACCGGUCCAAUAGCUAUUUGCAAUCGAAUGAUCAUCUCAUCCGUAUCGCAUGACAUCAUUGGUCGGGGGGCCUCAACUUUCCAUCGACCUAGAUCUUACCGGUGUUCUAAUCCAUCCUGAACCCUAUAUAAAGGCCGUUACUGGUCUCAGAACCAAAGCUUUGACACCACACAUGUCUUCCAACGCGUCUGUCUCUUCUCUCCAGGCCGAGGUUAACCGCCUCCGCCUCGAGCUCGAGUCCCACCAGACCAAGGCUGGGACUGAGCCCAUCACCGUUGGCAACUACCUGCUCGCUCGCCUUGCUCAGUUGAGCGUUACGAAAUUGUUCGGCGUUCCGGGAGACUUCAACCUCGGGUUCUUGGACAUGGUGGAGGACCAUCCGACCAUCGAUUGGGUCGGCAAUUGCAACGAACUGAACGCGGCAUAUGCUGCUGAUGGGUAUGCUCGCGUCAAGGAGCACAGUGUCGGGGCUCUUCUCACGACAUUUGGCGUUGGUGAACUGUCGGCGAUCAACGGCAUUGCUGGGGCAUUUUCGGAGAUGGUGCCCGUAGUGCACAUCGCCGGUGUACCCAGCGUCGAUCAACAGAAGAGCAAGCCGCUCCUCCAUCAUACGCUCGGCGAUGGUCGAUUCGACGCUUAUUUCAAGGCGUCUGAACAGUUCACCAUCUCUCAGGCCAACUUGAUUGACAAGGACACUGCGGCAGCUGAAAUAGACCGUGUUCUCACCGACUGCAUCACUCUCGCUCGUCCCGUGUACAUUGCCCUCCCCACCAAUAUCGCCUUCACCAAGAUCUCCUCGGAACGACUAAAGAUCCCGCUCAGUCGCCUUCCUCCCCCCAACGCACCUGAUGUCGAGGCCUUUGUGUUAGACGAGAUUGCCAAGUUGGUGAAAGAGGCUGACGACGACGUCGUUUUCCUCAUCGAUGCAUGUGCCAUCCGGCACGAUCUCCGCAAAGAAACCAACGACCUGAUUGUCAAGACCGGAUAUCCUGUCUAUUCUGCUCCGAUGGGGAAAACCGCUGUGCCGGAGAACUACGAGCGAUAUGGUGGAAUCUAUGUGGGAUCCAUCAGUCACCCCGAAAUCAAGGAGAAGGUAGAAUCCGCCAAGUUGAUCUUGUCGAUUGGUGGAUUGAGGAGCGAUUUCAACACUGGAAACUUCACGUACUCGAUUCCUGCUAGCAGAACAAUUGAGUUCCAUUCCGACCACACCAAGGUUCAGCAUGCCGCCUUCCCUGGCAUUGGAAUGAAGGAACUUCUUCCUCUGGUCACGGCUCGUCUGGAGCCCGCCGUCAAGAAGAUGCCUGUUCCGCCCUUCGUUGCAUUUGUCCAGGAAGAGCCGAACGAUGUGAUUUCGCAAGCUUGGUUCUGGCCGAGGAUGAGCAAGUUCUUCCGCCCGAAGGACAUCAUUGUGGCCGAGACGGGAACAUCGAGUUUCGGUGUUUUGGAUAUUCCGCUGCCUCAAGAUUCUAUUUUCGUCAGCCAGAUUCUGUGGGGCUCCAUUGGCUGGACCGUUGGUAGCACUUUGGGUGCCGCGUUCGCUGCUCGUGACUUGAAGCUGGGACGGACAAUACUAUUCGUCGGAGACGGCUCUUUGCAGCUGACGGUCCAAGAGCUUUCAUCGAUGAUCCGACACGACCUCCAAAAGCUCACGAUAUUUGUGCUCAACAACAGCGGGUACACCAUCGAGCGCUAUCUGCAUGGAAAAGAACGCAAAUACAAUGAUAUCGCCAACUGGGAAUGGACGAGCCUUUUGAAGGUCCUCGGCGACCCCAAGGGGGAGAAGACCGAGUCGUUCACGACUCGAACCAAAGAGGAGCUCGGAACCCUACUUGAGACGGAGUCAUUCGCGCAGUCGAAUAAGAUCCAGCUCGUAGAGGUGGUGAUGCCCCGAUUGGAUGCUCCACGUGCGUUGGAGCAGCAAGCAGAGCUCAGUGGCAAAACAAACUCCUAUGCCGCGUAGUAGACCGAUUAUUCCUGUACCUUUAGUUUCACGCCCAUCAAAUGCAUUUAUCUCAAUGAACGUCGGUGGCGGGCAGGACAAACGAGGCAGUCAC